UAUGAAGCACAUGAAUGGGUUACAGGAACGAGUUACUUUUGAUUGCAGUAUAUAUUGUGGAAAGGUAGUCAGAAUGGAAGAAAAGGGGAAGCUAGAAAGCGGCCGCGGCGUUUCCCCGAUUCCCCUUAUCACUUCACUGUGAAGAGAGACUGCACUCGCCGCUUUGUUGUUUGUCCCUGCAGGGCUGAUUGAGCAGCGCGUGACUGACAGCCCGCGGGGGUGUUGUCCAAUCAGCGGUCUACCCGCGCCCAAUGGGUGAGUCCGCGCGCCCAUUGGCUGAGGCGAGUGUGGGAAAGAAUGCAGAGAGGGUUUCACACGAACCGGGAGCACGCGAGCUAUCUAUAAAUACCGCCGGCGUGUGGCAGAGGGAGACUCGACUCGCCUUGCGCGUACUCAUAUGACAGCUCGACUUUUAAGUGAUCGCAGCUGGGAUUUGUGCUCUCCCCCCCUGUGACCAUCUCAAGAGUUCGGUCACGUUUAGCAUCCCGAUUCUGCUCUUUUUCAACACUUCCAACGGAAUAUAACAACUUUUGUUUUGUUUUUUUCAACGGACAAAAGUUUCAAUAAUGCCAGCCGAUACUAUGGAGAAACAGACAGCGUCUCCGAUUGCUGGUGCUCCUGCAAGCGGAACACACACCCCGGACAAACCAAAGAAUGCUAGUGAGCAUAGAAAGUCUUCAAAGCCAAUCAUGGAGAAACGCCGCAGAGCAAGAAUCAACGAAAGCCUAGGCCAACUCAAGACUCUCAUUCUUGAUGCUCUUAAAAAAGAUAGUUCGAGACACUCUAAAUUGGAGAAAGCUGAUAUUCUCGAGAUGACGGUGAAACACUUGAGGAACUUGCAGCGAGUUCAGAUGACUGCCAUGUCAACUGACACCGCUGUCCUGAGCAAAUACCGCGCCGGAUUCAGCGAGUGCAUGAACGAGGUGACGCGCUUUCUGUCCACGUGCGAAGGCGUAAACACGGAGGUGCGCUCGCGACUUCUCAACCACCUAUCCGUCUGUCUGGGACAGAUGAUGGCGUUGAAUUACCCGCCGACUGCACCAGCCCAGCAUCCUCACCUUGCGCAGCCUCUGAACGUGCAGGUUCCCUCCUCUGCAGUGAGCUCCAAACUGAGCCCGUCGGAAGUGGUGCCGUCCAAAGUGUUCGGGGGAUUCCAGCUGGUGCCCGCCACUGACGGACAGUUCGCCUUUCUCAUCCCUAACCCAGCGUUUGCGUCCGCUACGACCCCGGUGAUCCCUCUCUACGCUAAUGCCGGAGUUCCAGUGGCUGUCAGCGCGAGCCCUGUGCACGCGAGCUCGGCCCCGCCAGCGGUCUCCCCGGUGCAGGGCAUGACCUCGUUUGCGGGCGUGUCGCAAGCCGCGAGUCCGGUUGGUGUGAGCGCGGGCCCGGAGAGCACCGAGCCAGUGUGGCGGCCCUGGUAGACCUGCAUGAAGAAGAAACAAUGUUGAGUUCCGUUUUAUGGGACUGUUUCGCACUUUUGUUGAACAUGUUCAUAUUGAAAUGUUUCCUGUUUCCAAUAUUUGGAUUUGUUUGAUACUGUUAAUUCGAUAGAAAGAAAAAACACUCAGAAGUACUUUUUAUUCAAAUAAUUUAGUUUUGUACAAAGUUUGUAAAAGAUGCCAAAGUGUUACUGUCAUGUUUCCAUUUGAAUGUUUGACGUUGAAUAAACCUUAAUAAUUCAAACAAACCUGA